AUGGUGUUUUCAUUUAAUUUUAUUAUGCUUUCUAUUGUGCUGUUUUUUGUUGGAAUUUCAGCUGUAUCUGAUCAAGGAAUAUCAGCAACAAUUCUCAAAGAAUUUAUCCCCAGUAAAAAUAGCUCUAUAUUGGCAGUUUUUACUUUGUUUUAUCGAGUAGGUGGAGCUUUAAUUGCAGUCAUAAUAAUUAUUGUUGAAUUGAUAAAUCCGAAAAUCAUGGCUGAUUGAAGAAUUAUUUCAAUUAUUAUUUUCUUUUGAGUGUCUUUGCAGCUGAUUCAAAGGCAAUUUAUGGAUGAAACUCCUAGAUAUUUAUUCACAGCAGGGAAAUUAGAAAAAGCUGAAGAAGUUUUGAAAAAGAUUUCAAUAGCCAACAAAAAAUCUAUUGACAUUCAACUCUCUCGCCCAGAAUGUCCUAAAGAUGAGAUUACAGAAAUCAAGCAAAAAAGCACACUAAAAAUCCUUUUCAUCAAGGAAAAUAUAAGAAAGACAAUGCUCCUAACCAUAAUUGGAACCAUGAUUUCAUUCGCAAACAUUAGCAUUAUUUUAUAUCUUCCUACUUUCCUAAAAGAAUUUUCAUUAACUCUCAGAUACACAGUUAUAUUGAUUCAACAGUUUUGAGGAGUUUUAGGAAGCUUUAUGGGUAGAAAACUAGUUACAACACGAUUUGGAAAAAAAUGGACGCUGUCUUUAUCAUCAAUUAUACUAGGGUUUUAUGUUUUUUUCUUUUUGCUUGUUUAUGAAAUUUUUAGUGUAUCAUGCAUUUAGGCCAUUGCUUUUAUUUCUUUAUACCAAUUUUUAUUUCAAAUUUCUAUAGGUACAAUAUGAAUUAUUGUCCCAGAAUCAUUUUCAACAAAUGAAAGAGGUACUUUUAUUGGCUGAUUUUUACUCUGGCAAAAUAUGGCAGGAUUUGUAGCACCAACUAUUAUAGGGAGUUGUCUUAGUUUAGGAGGAAAUGCAGCAGCACUUUCUGCAAUUUCGUUUUCUCAUUUAGUGGCAGGUCUUUUUUCUAUAUUUUUAAUAGAAAUAAAACUCAAAAAAGGUCCAAAUUUAAUUUAA